AUGAAUACCUUAGAGAUGGUGUUGGAUUUGGCUUUCCUGCGAUUCUCUAAGAAUCGCAGGGAAGUGAAGGAGAAGGAGCUGGAAAAGGUCCUCAAGAGACUUGAAGAUAAAAAUGAGGUAGCCGAGAAGAAUGAUGAAGAAGCCAAAGAGAGAGAAUAUCUGGAAGAGUUGAAGCGUUCUGGAGAAUGUGUCAAAAAAGCCGGUUGGAUUACCAAGCUUCUGCCAACGUAUGGCAUAAUUGACGAUCGCUAUCGGUUUGAGAUAAAUCUCACUGAGGAAUUUACGAACCUGGCUGAGGGAUGUCGUGUGAGCUACUUGGCCUAUAAGCAAAAGGACGGAAUUAUAAAGGUGGUGAAAAUUGAGAUGGUGCUCCAGGAAGCUUGGGAUUGCAAUGGAGCCAGGUCAAAUGAAAAAUCCCUCGAUCAAGCCAUUGAGGAGUACUUUGGAACGCACCUGAGAAAAGUUAAUGGCACUGUUAAGAGCAUAGCAGCAACUCAGACCAGUUCAAUUGUUACCAUCGAGACGGAAGUGGACAGGGAAGUAUCUGUGGAUAUAUCCACCAUUGAGAUCCAAUUCAAUCCAGCUGUCGGAGAUAAAAUUGUUCUAACGUGCAAAGUCCAGACAGAUGAUACUUUCCUGGAUUUCUCAGGGGCCGUCCUCGAUUUUGUUGCAAUCAAUCCCGUUAGGACGAUGAUUGAUGUGGGAACUGUGACGAGGGUGAAUCCCUCUGGAGAUGGUGGACGGAUCAAUAGGAACAUUGCCUUCAGAAAGGCAGCAUUGGAGGCAGAAUAUGUCCCAAAUCAGGGCGACAUUGUGGCCUUUGAUGCCAUCGAGAAUGAGAAGGAUGACUGCCUUUGGCGUUGCUUGAAAGUUGUCCUGACCAAACGAUCUGAGCUUCCUCAUGAUGAGCCAACCCAGCCACAUGAAACAGUGAUAAACGAGAGGGGAAUUGUUGUAGAGGAAAUUCCACCAAUUUUCUUGCCAGAUAUCGGACAGAAAGUCAAUUUGGACAUUGUGAUCAAGAAUACAAGCAACAGGACUCACAAACUCUUCCGCACCAUCAUCCCAGUUGCCAGGAAAAUGAGCCAGCUGGAGUUACUGUCUCCACACAUCGAUGACUCAUUCAAUUUGGAGCCUGGUGCUCAGCAGACCUUCAAAUUGCUCGUCCACGGACGAUUCUGUGGACUGUCAGCUGAGCAGAUUGUGUGGAAAUUUGGCGGAGGAUGGCACGUUAAGCGCAGAAUUGAGAUUCAGGUGGGCAAUGAUGAUACAAUUGUGACGAUUGAACCUCCUAGGAACCCCAAGUCUCGAUACAACUCCAAUGGCUAUGAUCGACAGUUUGCCCGGAAAGAUGCUGAUGUGAUCCGUGGAGGGGCUCUGAUGAAGAGCACGGGGAUCAUCUCGAAGGUUAUUGGGCAGUUUUUGGUGCCGGACAACAUGAAAAAACUUGUAUUGGGCGCAAAUACCAAAAUGGACGCAGAGGAUAGUGUUGUAAGGAAUUAUCCUGGACUGAGACAUCAACUUGAGCCCAAAAACUACAGCCAUAAUUUCCACAAUCUUCUGUUCUUGGAGGAAAUUCAACUAUGGAGUGACUUCAGGAUUUACGAUCGCACGGAGGUGUUCUUUAAGAGACCAAACAGGGAUUACCUCUCCCUAGACAUUGACAACGUAGCUGAGACUAGGCCAUCGCUAAUCUUAGGUGAUAUCAUCCGCGUAAUAAGUCCAUGGAAUGAUCGACGUGUCUACGAAGGACAUGUUCAUAAGAUUCAGCAAAAUCGGGUUCUUGUGAAAUUCGAAAAGAAUUUCCAGAAUUCCUACAAUGGCGAAUUGUACAAUGUGCAGUUUCAGUACACGAGAGGCAAUUUCCGGAAAUUGCAUCAUGCUGUGGGUAAGAUCCUGGAUCAAAUGGAGCAGAGUGUCAUCUUUCCCACGAGAGUUGAUCCAAAGCCACCACAAGUGGAUGUUGAGAUUGUAAAUGGGGAAAUGUUGGAUCAGAAAUCCGGAAAAGUACUAAAGUGGUUCAAUGGGAUGCUCAAUGAAGCCCAGAAGAGAGCCAUUAAGAAUGUGUUACGGGGUGAAGCUCGUCCAAUGCCGUACAUAAUCUUUGGACCACCAGGCACUGGGAAGACCUAUACAGUGCUUGAGGCCAUUCUGCAAAUUGCCACAAAUGUGCCUCAUUCGAGGAUUCUGGUGUGUGCUUCGUCCAAUAGUGCAGCAAAUCUCAUUACUGAACGUCUCAUCAGCUGCAGAUAUUUCUUCCAAGGGGACUUUAUUCGUAUUGUGGGACUUAGUGCGAUUGACAGGAAUAGCAUUCCAGAGCACCUUCAUCCCUAUUGUGCUCUCUGUGACAUCUCCAUCGAUGGAACCACCAGCAAUGAGAUCAAAGAGAGUGAAACUGGACUCAAGAUGCAGUGCAAUUCAAAAUAUUUGGCCGAAAAGAAGGUCAUAAUUGGGACUUGUCAGGCUCUUGGAUCCUUCAUGACAUUGAAUCUCAGGAAUAAAAAUCACUUCACUCAUGCUAUUAUCGAUGAAGCUGGUCAGUGCAGUGAGCCAGAAUCUGUAAUUCCCUUGACCCUACUCCAUCCGGAUAUGGGUCAGAUUAUCCUAGCUGGAGAUCCUCGACAGCUAGGUCCUCAAAUUCUCAGUUCAAUUGCCAAAAAUCAUGGUCUGGGAGUUUCGCUGCUGGAUCGCUUACUUGAGAGAUUUCCCUACGAAAAGAACUACGAUCGGCAUGCAUACGGUUUCGACGAGCGCCUUGUGACUAAAUUGAUCUACAACUACCGCAGUAUUCCCAGUGUCCUCAAGCUCUACAGUGAUCUGUUUUAUGAUGAAAAGCUUGUCCCUACGAUCUCGGAGGAGGAUUCAGAGGAGAUUGCUUUCCUGGAAAAGUACAAAUCAAUUCUUCCGGAUACAUUAAAUCCCAAGCAUGGGGUUUUCUUCUUCUCGGUGAUUGGGGAAAAUCGUCAGGAUAUUGAUAGUCCUUCGUGGUACAAUCCAGUUGAGGCGAAAAAUAUCUUCAUUUUCUGCACGAAACUCUACAAAUUGGGCAUCAAGCAUUCGGACAUUGGGAUCAUAACACCCUACAAAGCUCAAGUACAGCGUAUCCGUCAAUUUAUGCAUCAAAUUGACGAAGAUAAAAUCCCAAAGGUGGGCAGUGUUGAGGAAUUUCAGGGACAAGAGAGGAACAUCAUCAUUCUGUCGACUGUGAGAUCAUCCAAGAGCUUCCUGGCUCAGGAUUUUAAGCACUCAAUGGGCUUUGUGCAGAACAACAAACGCCUCAAUGUGGCCAUUUCGCGUGCCAAAAGCCUCCUGAUCAUCUUCGGGAAUGCCAAUCUUCUGGCCACAGAUCCCAAUUGGUGCAAAGUAAUUCGCUAUGCUGCUGACCAAAGUGCCUUCUUUGGGGACCUUCCCUUACAGCUUGGCUCUCAAACAUACUAAAAAAAAAAUAUUCUAUUUCUAUUCUCAUCAUUUUUCUUUAUUAUUUCCAUCAAUUAAAAAUUUGAAAUACUCUUGAAAAAAAA